CCUCCGUGAAUGCGGAAGUUAGAAACACAAACAACAACAACCUCUAGUUGUUCGAUUUCUCUCCAAAAGUUGGAUUUAUAUUUCUCAGAGCCAUAUCGAAAUCAGGGCAGAGCAGUGCCACCCACCAGUGCCAUGGCUGGCAUCACUAUCCGGAGGUUUGAGGAAGACGAUAAGGAGUCCGUGAAGGAGAUCUUCACCAUGGGGAUGAGCGAGCACGUCCCCUCCUCCUUCAUGCACCUCCUCAAACGGCCCCUGACCCAGAUGAUCCUGAUGGUCACGUUCUGCGCCCUGCUGGCCAGCUCCAAGUCCAUCCUGCUGCCUGUAGUAGCGGUCACUCUCCUCCUGGCCGGGGCCAAGCAGCUGGUGGGCUACCUCUUCAACAGCUACAUCGACACCUCCCUUAAGAAGGACCUCAACCACAUCCAGGAGACCUACCUGGAGAACAAGGACUCGUGUUUCUGGGUGGCUGAGAGCGACGGCCGGGUGGUGGGUUCGGUGGCCUGCCUGCCCGCGGAGAGGGAACCAGGCUACAUGGAGCUGAAGAGGUUGUCUGUACGCCGGACACACCGGGGUAUGGGCAUCGCCAAGGCUCUCAGCAGGACAGUGGCAGACUUCAGCAGGGAGAGAGGCUUCCCUGCUGUCAUCCUCUACACGUCUGUAGUGCAGACUGAUGCACAGAGGCUGUAUGAGAACAUGGGCUACACACGGAUCAGAGAGUUCGUCAUGCCUGAGCCCAUCGCCAAAAUCACCAACUUUACUCUGAUAGAGUACAGACUGGACUUAUUGCAGGGGGGGAAAUAGAAGAACUGGAUUUACUGCAGGGUGGGAAUAGGAGGAGGACUAGACUUACUGCAGGGGGGGAAUAGGAGGAGGACUAGACUUACUGCAGGGGGGGAAUAGGAGGAGGACUAGACUUACUGCAGGGGGGAAUAGGAGGAGGACUAGACUUACUGCAGGGGGGAAUAGGAGGAGGACUAGACUUACUGCAGGGGGGAAUAGGAGGAGGACUAGACUUACUGCAGGGGGGGAAUAGGAGGAGGACUAGGCUUACUGCAGGGGGGGGAAUAG